GAGAGUUUUAUAUUUUACACGUGCACGAACUCUUUUGAGCUAAUUUGCUUAUUUUCUACGUUAGAACUGUAGUUCUUUGCACUGUUUUUUCAUAGAAUGGUUUUCCUAUGAAUAGCUGAUGUAAUAAUUAUGAUAGCAUUGAGGUAUUUUGGACGUUUUACCCCAAGAAUUAACAUCGCAACGAGAAAUGCAGGGUUUCGAAAACUCGACAUCUUUUCUUUAACACCACAACGUAUUUUGAGCUCCUUUGUGGAUGAUUUUAGUACUAAUGGGACGUCAUUCAAACGGCGUGUUAGUCAAUACCCAAGCAAAUCAUUAUAUCUUCAAACACCAGAAGAAAAAAGAAUUAAUGGCGAAUUCCAAGGAAAUCAGAUUCACCUGAAUAGUGUAAUACGCAAAACGACAACAGUGAAAGCCCUUUUGGAUUUGUACGAAACUUGUGUGUUAAACAAUAAGAAUACAAUAACAGUACUUUAUCAUCUUGCGAGGAUUGUUAAAAAUAACUCAUGGGAGCAGUAUCUGGUAAGAACAGACCCCGAGUUGAGAGGAAAAGCACAACUUUUCCUGGAAAAGGUAAUGGUUAUGAUCCCAGAAGUUGAUGACCGAGGUUUGUCCAAUGCUGUACAUGCUCUAGCUUUUCUACUGGCAAGAAAUGUGAAUAUACCAAACCUGCAAAGUUAUAUCAAUUUAUGCCAACAGGAAGCUCUAAAGAGGGGCUUUUCUCACGUAAAUACCAAAGAAAUUGCAAUGCUGUUGUCUGGUCUUGGUAGAGCUAGAUUUGUAGAUGCAAAGGAACUUUGUGGGGAGAUCAAGAAGGAGGUAAUCAAACGUGGGCUGUCAAAAUUCACCAACAGUGAAUUGUGUAUCAUGGUUUGGUCUUUUGCAACAUUGGGAGAAAUAUCGGAGGACCUCUUUCAGCUUGCCGAGAAGGAAAUUCUGUCAAGGGACCUGACUAAUUUUACAAGAGACCAGUAUGUUCAGCUUCUCUCUGCAUUUAGUAAAACGUUUGAAAAGCACAAAGAACUAUUAACUCACUUUGCCAAUGAGUUAACAUCAAGGGAUCUUUCAUCUUUCAAACCGUAUGAGCUUGAUGUGAUUUUGCGCUCAUCCUCUGGCCUGAACAUCCAAAGUGACCAGCUGUUGCAGUCAGUAGAACAGUCGAUCCUUAAAGCACAUCCUUCUAAGUACAGUACAAGACAGAUUGCUUUACUGCUCAAGUUUGUGUCCAGUCAAGGACUCAAAGGCCAAGAUCUUUUUCAAUGCAUGUCCAAAGAAAUUCUAACAAGACGGAAAUGUAUUGCCGAAAUGGAAAAUCGAGAUAUUGCCACAAUUCUUUUAUCUUAUGCAGAAAUGAAGAUCAGAGAUACUAAGUUAUUCACUGCUCUCAAAGAAGAAAUAAUGCUGCGAGAUAAGUACAAGUACGAACCAGGACAACUGGUGUUGUUUGCAUGGUCUUUUGCCAAGGUAAACAUCAAAGCUCCUGAACUGUUCCAGAUGAUUGGYGAUGUGCUGUGCCAACAAGAUCUAUCCGACAUCCCCUCCAGAAGAAUUGCCAAAACUCUUUGGGCUUUUGGACGACUGGGUGAAGCCCACGAGAGGAUGUUUAAAUCCUUAGACAAAGAAAUCCUUCAGAGAUCUUUUGAUGGAUACGAUUUCCUGAGCUUAGCUACCUUUGUGUGGUCAUUUGCAAAGCUGAAUGUCCAAUCACCAGAACUUUUCAACCAAACAGCACUGCAGUUUAUAAAAUUCAACCUUGCUCAUCACAAUGUUGCAGAACUGAUCAUGGUACUUUGGUCAUACAUGAAAGCUUCGCACUAUGAUACAGUAUUAUUUGAAAAGUUUGCCGACAACAUCCUUACAAGAGAUCUUUCAGAAUUCACCAAUCUACAAAUUGUCCAAAUUCUGUGGUACUAUGAGAAGUUUAAAAUCCCAAGUGCAAAACUCUAUGAGUUCUUUGGUGAGGAAAUCCUACGAAAAAAUCUUGGUGAACUUGAUACUUUAAUGCUCACAACUAUCCUACGUUCUUAUGCAACAGCAGUGCCUGAACGCAAAGAUUAUAUUAUCUGCAUAGAGAACGAAAUGAUGAAAAGAAACUUGUCAAACUUACAUAGCAAUAUACUAAAGAAUGUGAUUUGGUCCUUAACUGAAGCAGGAAUGCCUAACAGUGAGUUAGUAUCAAAACUAAAUAGUGAACUUGGCCAAAGAGAAACAGAAUACAAAGGAGGAAAUGUAGCUUCUGGUUCGUCGGAUGAAGAGAUAGAAAAAAUGAACAAUGAGAUUUUCACAGCAUAAGGAAAAUAUUUUUGACAAUUCACACUUUUCUACUGGCUGCUUAAAUUUUUUUCUGGUUAAGAUAACCUUGGAAUCUAUUUCUGGCUGAUCUGAGGAAAAGUGUUAGCCAAUCAGAAAUUGAGAAAAUUUGCAAGAUUGAAGGUGUCACUUUUCCUCUCGCAAUAUUACAAAUUUCCAGGACACCAAAGACAACAUAACUAAUGAGUUUUAUAUUUUUAUUGCAAUGGCAGCUGUGCAGUGAUGUAUGUUACCAUUCAUUCCUAUGUUACCAUUUGUGACAUGUUUGCUGGUUGCGAUAUUAAAGAUUUUGGAAAGGAUUUAAAUUUAUUAUUUAAGGAAUGAGGACAGUAUUAGAAAUGAACAAUCUUUCCUUCAGUGGAUUGGAUAUAUUUUAACACGUAUAACUUAGUGCGAUUUUAAGCCACCAAUAUGAGUUGGUAUUAGUGGCUGGUUGGGAGAAAUUAUAUUCUGUAUUGGCUGCGAGUGUGAAGAAGCUGUCAACAUAGACCCUUCAUUGAAAGCUGAAAUCGCAACACUCCUCUCUUAAAACAAUAAGUGAGAUAAACUGACUUAACCAAUCAAUCAAAA